AUGUUGCAUGGAAGAUAUUCUUUGGACAUCCAACGAGGACCUUUCACUUCCGAAGCAAAGUUCUAUGACAGCCUUGUUUCUGCGUUCUUAGAACAUGCAGAAAUUCUGCAGUUGUCACACCAUUGCUUUGUGGCACCCGUUCCUUCGCGGGACGACUAUCAAUCCAGCAUACAAUAUGAGAGUGCUGUGAACCUAUGGAACGACUUUGUGGCCGUUGGAGGCAAGACCGACUCGUCGGACAACAGACUGGAUUAUAUCAUCGCAGGCCACGCUCUCCACGACAUUGUACGGCAACUUGAACUCCCAACUGUCAAUUCGGAGACUUUUCCGUUAUACCACCCUAAUCCGAGUGUCAACAACAUAUAUGUUGAUGAUGAUUAUAACAUCACCUAUAUCAUCGACUGGGCAUUCGCUUCAUCCAUUCCUGAACCAAUGCUUUAA